AUGGCACAGCCCCGACUCACCGACUUCUUCGCGCGCCGUCGCCCGGGGCUCCGCGCCGCGCCGCCGCGGGUCAAGCCGGCCUGGCGCACCCCAAGCCCCGCCAAGCCCGCGCCCGGCGCCCCGGCCCGCACCCCGGGCGGCAGCCGCAAGCGUGCCCGCCCGCCCGCCGAGCCCACGCGCGACCACCCCGCGCUGCCCGCGCGCCGGAGGCUGCGGCUGCCGGCCGACACGGUCUCCGAUCCCGCUGACCCGGCUGACCCGACUGCCCCCGCUGUCCCCGCUGACCCGGCUGACCCGACUGCCCCCGCUGCCCCCACUGUCUGUGCUGCCCCCGCUGACCUGGCGGCCCCCACUGUCCCCGCUGCCCCCGGCUCCCCAGAGCAGGCCCCUCCCUCAGCAGGUCUACAGCCCUGCCUGGCCGCUCAGGAGAAGGCCUCAAAAGUCACUUUUUCUGAGCUCAAGUCGUGCCUGCAGCGGGCACGGGAGCUAGGGGCCCGGGCCCAGGAGCUAAGGGCAAGUGCCCAGAGGAAGGAUGCUGGGGAACUCAGCGUGCCCGAGGACCAGGGGCCCCCAGCAGGGCCACGUGGACAGAAGGCCCCUGCCUACCAGCGCUUCCACGCCCUGGCCCAGCCGGGGCCCCCGAGCCUCGUGCUGCCCUACAAGUACCAGGUGCUGGCGGAGAUGUUCCGCAGCAUGGACACCAUCGUGGGCAUGCUCUACAACCGCUCCGAGACCGUGACCUUUGCCAAAGUCAAGCAGGGCGUCCAGGACAUGAUGCGCAAGCGCUUUGAGGAGCGCAAUGUUGGCCAGAUCAGAACUGUGUACCCUACUUCCUACCGCUUCCGCCAGGAGCGCAAUGUCCCCACCUUCAAGGACGGUGUUAAGAGGUCUGAUUACCAGCUUACCAUCGAGCCGCUGCUGGACGAGGAGGCCGGCAGCACGGCGCCCCAGCUCACAGCCUCGUGCCUCCUGCAGCGCCGGCAGGUCUUCAGGCAGAAUCUGGUGGAGCGCGUCCGUGAGCACCACAGGGCCUUCCUGGCCUCCCUGAACCCUCCCAUGGUGGUGCCCGAGGACCAGCUCACACGUUGGCACCCGCGCUUCAAUGUGGACGAGGUGCCUGACAUUGAGCCGGCCGAGCUGCCCCAGCCGCCCACCACAGAGAAGCCGGCCACUGCCCGGGAGGUGCUGGCCCGUGCCCGCAGCUUCAUGUCACCCAGGAUGGAAAAGGCCCUGAGUGACCUGGCUCUGCGUACGGCCCAGCCCAGCAGCCCUGGGUCCCCCAGCCCUGCCCUGCCGGCCACCCCGCCUGCGGCCCUGAGGGGGGUGUCCCAGGACCUGCUGGAGAGGAUCCGGUGCAAGGAGAAACAGAAGCAGCUGGCCCAGAUGACACGCCGGCCAGAGCAGGAGAAGCGGCUGCAGAGGCUGGAGCGGCUCCCUGAGCUGGCCCGCGUGCUGCGCGGCGUCUUCGUGUCCGCGCGGAAGCCAGCGCUCACCAUGGAGGUGGCCUGCAGCAGAAUGCUGGGCAGCUACCCUGCAGCCAUGAGCCCCGGGGAGAUGGAGAAGCACGUGCGGCUCCUCUCCGAGCUGCUGCCCGACUGGCUCAGCCUCCACCACAUCCGCACGGACACCUACGUCAAGCUGGACAAGGCUGCUGACCUGGCAGGUGUCAUCACACGGCUGGCCUGCCUUGCCCGUGCGGAGGCGGCGCUAUGAGCGCCUCGCAGACAUGGGCUUCAGGUCCCCGGCCUGGCCCGCUGUGUCUGUUUUACUCCCUUUAGGAACACCAUGCACUUUUCCCCCUUCUGAACUCCCCACCAGGCCGUCUGGGCAGUAAGCCUCCCCCCGUGCAGCAUAUCGUCAUUAAACUGGUUUCU